GCGCGAGGGGAGGUCGAUAAGCAGUGUGGAUCGGUGGGUCGAGGCAGUCGGUCGCCUGCCAGCCUCGGGAGCGGUCGCCUCAGUCGUACCCUCGCUGUAGACGUACCUCGCUCCAGUCGGUCACUUGGUCGCGUGUCCGUGCCGCUCGCUCCAGCCGCGCGGAUCGCCUUUACCCAGUAAACUACUCUUCGCAUUAAAAGAGAGUCGUUACUUCAAGAAGAAGAUAUGAGCUUCCACGUGAGUUCAUGGCCCCAGCGCUCUACCGCCGCAAUGUACAACUGCAUGCGCCGCUUCCAACAAGUCGAUUGGGGGGGGGUGCGGCGUGACACCCACAACGUAUUCACCAAGCUCAUCAGGACCAAGGACCCCCGCGAUUCGGAACCCACCCAAGAGAUCACCUUGCCUGGAAGACAACGACUUUCGCGAUGCCUAACGACAAUGGACUUGACUUCUCUCGGUGUCGGCUCGUGUGUCGGCACCGGGAUGUACCUGGUUGCCGGAAUGGUUGCUCGGAAGUUCGCGGGGCCUGGCGUGGUCAUCAGCUUUAUUAUCGCCGCCCUUGCGAGUAUCUUUUCUGGAGCCUGCUACGCUGAAUUCGGAGUCCGAGUCCCCAACACUACUGGAAGCGCCUACAUGUACAGCUACGUCACCGUCGGAGAGUUCAUAGCCUUUGUCAUAGGCUGGAACAUGAUUUUGGAGUAUCUAAUCGGUUCCAGCGCCUGUGCCCGGGCUUUGAGCGCUUGCUUCGACUCACUAUUUGACGGCGCCAUCUCGAAUAAACUAGCUGAAAAAAUCGGAACUAUGUAUGGCAAACCCCCAGACAUUAUGGCCUUCGGGAUCACGCUCCUCAUGAUGAUGGUCCUAGUAGCCGGAGUACGGAAAUCCCUGUUCUUCAACAACCUGCUGAACGCCAUCAACCUUACCAUCUGGGUGUUCAUCAUGACGGCUGGGCUGUUCUACAUAGACGUCUCUAAUUGGACUGAGCAUAACGGAUUCUUGCCAUACGGAUGGAGUGGAGUAUUCAGUGGUGCAGCGACCUGCUUCUACGCAUUCAUAGGGUUUGACAUCAUUGCCACCACUGGGGAAGAAGCGAACAACCCCAAGAGAUCCAUCCCUCUGGCCAUCGUCAACAGCCUCGGCAUCAUCCUCCUGGCUUAUGUGUCGACUUCCAUCAUACUCACGCUUAUGGUACCGUACGACCAGGUAGACACCGACUCGGCUCUCGUACAAAUGUUCGCCCACGUGAACGCCCCGACUUGCAAGUACAUCGUCGCUAUUGGGGCCCUCGCCGGCUUGACAGUGUCUAUGUUCGGGUCAAUGUUCCCGAUGCCCCGAGUUGUCUAUGCCAUGGCUCUUGAUGGAUUGAUCUUCAAAAAACUGGCCACCAUCUCCGAGAGCACCGGGACCCCUGCCUUCGCGACCGUCUGCGGAGGCAUCGCUGCUGCUGUGGUGGCGCUCAUGAUCCAGCUCGAGGUCCUCGUCGAGAUGAUGAGCAUCGGUACUCUCCUGGCGUACACCCUGGUCUCCACCUGCGUGCUGGUGCUGCGAUACCAGCCUCACUCCACGAACCUGAUCGAGCUGCUGCCACAGAGUCUCCGAACUCCUGUCGACCCUGAGGGAACCGCUAGUGCUAAUAGGGAGACCACCUUUACCGCACACGCAUCGACCCACAUUAUGCCACCAAGUCAACGCGUCAUGGUUCGCCGAGUCACCAGAAGCUCCCCUGAUUCGGAUGACACUCUGCAUGAUGAGAGCGAAGAGUACCGUGAUGACACCUUCCUGGUCAACUCUAAUAAUGAGAAUAAUUACUAUGCGGCAGUUGGAGGCGGGUCCUCAGGCAGCAACACCGCUUGCAGCCGGUUCUUCGGCGCACUGUCCCGGCAGCUGCAGUCCAUGAGCUACCUCUGUCCUGGGCUGUUCCCCUGGAUUGAUUGUGGACCUGCUACGGAGCAUAGCGGCAUGUACGUGAUCAAGUCAGUCGGCAUCAUGUAUCUCCUGAUCAUCAUCUUCGACCUGUUCGCCGCUUACGGAAGCCCUGGCACCUCGACCUUCACCAACGUGUCCAUGAUACUGCUGAUGCUGGCCAUCUUCGCGAUCCUGCUCAUGAUCUCUAGGAAGCCACAGAACCGCGUUGCUCUGAUCUACACGACCCCUGGCCUGCCCUUCGUGCCGACGAUCGCCAUCAUUGUGAACAUCUAUCUGAUCCUGAACCUCUCCAUCUUGACCCUGGUUCGCUUCACCAUCUGGAUGAUACUUGGGAUGUUCAUGUACUUCAAAUACGGCAUCAAGAACUCGACCCUGGAGACCAACCCGCCUGGCCCGCCCCCGGAAACCCCACCACCGCCGAACCCACUGGACCGCACCACAAUACCACCACCUUCUCCCCACAGCUCUCGACACACUGGUGAUAGAAACAUCUUCGAAGGAGACGGCAAUGAAGGACUGUAUGGGAAUAUGGAGUAUAACAAUUCUUUACUUACGUGGCAUGAAUCUAACUUGCAACCUGUGUCGAGUCUCGGUUCGACACCCUCGUCCAGCACGUAUAACCCGACCACGUACCGGCAGGCUGAGACACGUUACGACGUGAACACGAAUACGACCACGACUCACACCACGAGCUCGCUCAGCCGACCACCCUGGGCCUAUCCUGAUGCCGCCUUCCCAACCUGGGAAUAAACUUACUCAGACAAC